GACGUUGCGAGAAAAAUCUCUAGUGUUUGUAGUGAGCAUCUUACGCGUUCUCCAUUUGCUGGUUCCGAACAGAAAUUUUAUUCUAUAAGUUGUUUAAUUGAUAUAUCUGAAAAGAAAAGAACGGCAGAUUCCAGUAAUCAGUGAUUUUUAUUCCAAAACAAUAGUGAUGGCGGAUGAACAAAAACCUGGACCGUCGCAAGCGUCUGCUUCUGAAAAGAACCCAACUGGGCAGCAACCGAAUCAACCGCAAGGAAAAGGACGAAAGCGAAAGCUUUCGACAAGGCAAGGCGUUGCGAACAAACGAGAGCCAACCGAGGAAACACUGGACGCUGAAAGACUGCGAUGUAUGGUGGAACCGGUUUUAGAAACUUUACGUUCAAUGGAGACGCGUAAUGAGGGCGACACAAUGAAUGCUCUGAUUGAAACUCUUCAACCGUCGCAGGUCGAAAUCGAAAUGGCACUGAACAAGGUCAAGAUGGAUCUCAGCAAUGUACUGCCCUUUCCGAACAACAACUUCAUGAUUUACGAUUUCGGGUCGAUUAGAUCAGGGUUGGCUUUCCGGGACUCGGAUCUUGACUUCUACGUCCAUUACGAAAAGAAUAACGAGAAUAAGAUGGACCAGAAAAAGCUGAUACACGUAAUCGGCGGUCGAAUGUCGAGGGAUCCAAAUUUUUACAAUUUGACAAAGAUCCUAGGGGCCAAAGUGCCUCUCCUGCGGGCCAUUCAUGGGCCAACGAAUUUAACUUGCGACAUUAAUUUUUGUAACGCUCGUGGCUGUUACAAUAGUAAAUUUAUUUAUGCUGUGACUAGAUUUGACCACCGGAUUCAUAAACUGGCAGUGAUUGUUAAGUUCUGGGCGAAAUGCGCCUUCUUGCUGACCAAUCACCGUCAGAUGAACACCUACUGCAUCAUAAUGAUGUUGAUUUUCUAUCUGCAGACGAAAAAACUACCGCUUCUGCCCUCGGUUCAGGAUUUACAAAUGGGGAUCCCAAGAGUUAACUAUGGUCCGUGGAAUUUGGGCUAUCCGCGGGACAUUAAUUUUAUGUCGAUGAACAAAGAAUCCGUACGAUCAUUGCUAAUCAACUUCUUUAAAUAUUAUGCCAACUUUGAGUACGAGAAAAACCUAAUUUCUCCAUAUGUUGGCCGAUUGUGCACGGUUCUUGAGAUGAAGCAAUCGAAGGUUCGCGAACUGCAGCCCUACUACCGGGCCGUUGAGCACCAGGACUAUCCACCGUUCAACUUUGGCACAAUGAUAUCGAUUCAGGACCCGUUUGAGUUGAAUCUCAACAUCGGCGGAGUGUGCAAUUCGGCAGCGCAUUUCGAACAGUUCAAGUUGAGUUUCAAAACCGCAUACGAAGUUUGCAGCUCAAUGAAUAGCGAACCUUUCAAUAAACUGUUGGAAGGUCUUUUCACGAAUGUUAAACGCUAUCAGAAACCAGGCAGAGCGGUCUCAACUGUCGGCAAUAAUGGUACUGUGAAAAAAGAAAACGGUCAAAUUGAUAAUUGGAAAAUUUGUCGUUUGCUUCCGAUCGAGUACGAACUGUUCAUCGUGCGUCAGAUUCUGCUAGCGAAACUUACCGAUAAAGAUGGUGUCAUAACUGAGCGACAAAUAAAGGACAUGUGGGCUGAGUGCACACUAGACUUCAUAGAAGACAUUCUGCAGAAAAUUUACCUUUGCAAGCUCGAACCCUUACCCGAAGCUUUCCCAAUCACCGUACCAUCCAGUAUCGAGAAAAAGGACAUCCGCACUUUUCAGUUGACCUGCGAACGGCAAGUCAUCUUCAAACGUCCACGACUGCAAUUUUCCAACGAAGAAGAACUGAAUAACGAAAUCGCCGUCAGCAAGGCCCGGUGGCAACUGAACAAACCGCUCGCCUUUUCGACCCGGUUAGACAUGUUCAAGACGCAGGAUGCUAUCGAGUUUCACAUCACGGAAGAACAGCGCAAAAACGGAGCAAUUCGAGUUUUCGUCGAAACCUGUUUUCUGACCCAGGUCAGAAAGUGCAUCGGAGGCUACUUCAAGCUGAUGCUGGCAAAGACAGAAGAGAAAAGCAGGACACAAGCGGUAAAUUCGGCAGCUGGAAAGUAAUAGAAUUUUAUGGUAAUAUUAGCAUACGUUUCCUCCUAGGUCUAGGUUCAAAAUCAUUGCUUGAUCGGAUCUAUUUUUGUUUUACAAAUAUGAUUUUCCGAUAAUUCGGAAAUCCUGUUUUCUUUUCUACGGGACUCAGGAUCCGAGGUUUAUCCUACAACUUAACCUCUCAUAAUAAUUAUAAUUAUUGAUGAAAACAAAAUUCUGUCUGAUUCAUUUAUCGUGCCGACUAAAUUUUGAACAAAGAAGUUGAGAAAGAUCAUGUCCUCAAUUUAAUAAACAGUGCAACUCAUGAGA